AUGCCACGAAAAAGUAGGUCUACAUCACAGCUAUCUGAAGAAGAAAAAAUAAAACGAAGGCGUGAACAGAAAAAAAUAAGUAUACGACGUGUUCGAGCUCGAAUGAGUCAAACAGACCUUGAAGAACGGAGAAGAAAAGACAGAGAAAGAUAUCAUAAGAAAAAAGAACAAGGACUUAUUAAAACCAUCAAAGAUUUCACUCCGAGAGAACAAAGACAAAUAAGAAAAUUGUGGAGGGAAAAAGCCAAGAAAAAACGAGAAAAGCAAAAAAUACACAACGCUGCGCAUGAUUUCGUAGAAAUCAAUACUCCGCCUUCAACUCCGACCCUAUCACGUGCGAGUGUUGGUAGUACAAUAUCACAACGUAACAAACGACGUCUUAAGAAUGAGAAUAUUUAUUUGAAGAAAAAAAUAUGUGAAUUGGAGUCUAAAUUAGCAAAGUAUAGAAUGCGAUGUAUUAGAGCAAGAAAAAAGAUGAACGAAGAAAAGAAGAAAGAAAGGAGGCCUAAAAGAAUUGGAGAUAGAGAGACAAAAAAAGCGGUUCGUGACUUUUUAUUGCAAGAUGAAUAUAGGACAAUAGAUGUCAACUGUAAACCUGUCGACAAUUCUAAAUCUCUAGAUAUCUCAGAAGCUCCAAAUACCCCAGAGGUUCCAGAAGCUCCAAAUACUCCUGAAGCUUCAACUGUAUCAAUCUCACCUGGUUUUAGUGACAGGUUAACACCCGAAGUCUCUACUGAGGCAUCUGAACAAAAUGUUAGGCCUAACAAAAGAGUUCAGCCCAAAGGAGAAUUGGAAGCAGAAUGGCUGCAAGCGGCCGGUCUCGGGUCCCUCGCGGCCCCGUACCAGGCGGGCCAGGAGGUGACCGAGGCGCAGCUGGGUGAGGCUGUGCGCCCGCUGCCACGCGAACAGGCCGCGGCCGUCAGGCGCCGCGUCAGGAGGCUCAACCGCACCGUCAGGAGGAAGCGCGCCGCCUCCCGGGCGAAGAAACCGGACAUCAGGGAUGUCUUCAGAGACCUCGAGGAAUGGCCUGAAGACGAGAGUUGCGUGGAUAUCGAGAGCGUGCCGGAGCCACAGCUGAAGCGCCUGCCGCCGCUACUGUGGCUGGAGCUCACCGCGCUUUUCGACCGCUACUCGCUGCCCUUCCACAAACGGAAACCGCCAAAGAAGAAACGGAAAGAAGGUAUCAUCGAGAGUUUGUGCCAAUUGAUCGAGCGCGAGUGGUACGGAGAUCGCGCAAGCGUGGAAGCAGCGUUGCGGCGAGCCAGCAGCCACGAUGUAGCCGCUGUGUUCAAGCGACUACUGAGAGACUUACCACAGCCUCCCCUCACGCAGGAGCUCAUGCGACUCUUCUACCACACAUACGCUUUAAGCGGCACAACGCAAGGCCGUGUGCUAAACCUCCUCGUGUUGCUGCUGCCGCCAGAACAACGCGCGACGUUGCGCGAAUUGCUGCAGCUAGCACGGCACAUCGUCGCGCAACACCACCGCAACAAGAUGACCGACCACAACGCGUCGGACAGCCUAGAGACGCAGCUAGCGACGGCUGCCAACAGCUGCCACGUGACUGAAGCAUUGAUGCGAUGGUGCGACCGCCUGUGGACCGCGCCCGCCGCGCUUUUAACCGCCGCCGCCAGCCGCAAGCCGCCGCACCACCACCGCCGACCGCAAAUCUGA